AGGAGGGGGGAGACAGGCAGAGGGAGAAGCAGACUCCCCUCUGAGCAGGGGAUCCUGAUGCAGGACUCAAUCCCAGGACCCUGGGAUUGUGACCUGAGCACCAAAGGCAGAAGCUUAACUGACUGAGCCACCCAGGCAUCCCUUAUGUCUGGCUUCCUUCAGCAUGAUUUUGAGAUUCAUUUGUUUCCUUUAGCGGGGGGUGGUCUGUCCCUGUUCCUUGCUGUAUAGUAUUCCAUCAUAUGGGUCUCCUCCUAAAUUGAAUUAUUCAUCCUACAUUUUUUUCUUCCAGUUUUCACUUAAAAAAAAAAAUUAAGAUAUCAUUUACAUGCAGCCCAAUUCACCCAUUUGAGUGUACAGUUCUGUUCUGUGAGUUCUGAUAAAUGCAUGCCGUUGUGUACCCAGCACCACAGUCAGGAUAUAGAACACUUCCAUUCUCCCCUUGAUAGGUUAUUCCGCAUGAUAUAAUCCUGAAUGGAUUGGAACUGGAGUGGAACUGCUGGGUUGCAGUGUGUUCCUUCAGCAUUAGCACUUUCCACGUGGUUGCUAUACCGUUCUUCCCACCAGCAGAAUCUGAGAGUUCUGUUGCUCCAUUUGCUCAGCAAAAUAGGUCAAUUUCAAUGUCUCUCUCUUAGCCGGAAAAUCUGAGGAAAAUCUGAUUGUUGUAUAUAGCAAAGACUUCUCUGCAGUGCUGAACCCACCCACGCUGGUGUGAUAGUGGCAAGGGCUCAAGCAUUUUAAACCCAGCUUCUUUUCUAACUCUCCUAUAUGGGAAUAUUAGUCUUUAGUUUUUCUGCAGGUCAGAUUCUUUGAAAAGUGACUCCUUGGAGUUAAUUGGCUGUAUGUCAUUGGCUUGAGUCCAUCCACAGCCUUCUAGAAAACUUGGGAUUUCUAAAAAGUCCUCAACCUUGGAACUGAGCACAAAGGCACCCACUUUCCAGAGGCAAGAAAACCGUAGGUGCAGAGAGGAGGAAUGUUUAGACAGGAGGUCCCGGCCUUGUGGAAUCUGGAAACAAUCAGGAGAGGGAAGUUGAGUAAUGAUGGAGAAGUUUCUGGUCUAUGGCCAGGAAAGUCAUGCCUUGAGAGAAUGCCACAGGAUGUGGACUUGUUCACAGCCGAUUGUUCAAAGAAGACAGUUGGUUAUGGGACAGAAGAGCCCGGUUUGGGGUUGUCUGAGAUUUCUUCACCAGUUGACUCUUUGGUGGACAGAAGUGCUGCUGACCAGACGCCAUUAUUCAGAGUGUCCACCCUGGAGCCAUGGUCCAUGCUUUCCUCAUCCACACCUUGCGGGCUCCACAGGCCCAGGACACGGGCCUUUGCCGAGUGCUCUACUCCUGCGUCUUUGGUGCUGAGAACUCACCGGAUGACCCACGACCACGUGGUGCUGAGAGGGACAGGCUCCUCCGAAAGGAGCAGAUUUUGGCUGUGGCCAGGCAGGUGGACUCCAUGUGCCGGCUGCAGCAGCAGGCAUCUGGCCGGACCCCCAUGGACCUGCAGCCUCAGUCAUCAGAUGAGCCAGUGCCCCUGCAUGAGGCCCCCCUCGGGGCCUUCCGCCUGGCAGCAGGGGACCCUUUUCAGGAGCCUCGGACAGUGGUAUGGCUGGGUGUGCUCUCAUUAGGAUUUGCCCUGGUGCUGGAUGCCCACGAGAACCUGCUGCUGGCUGAGGGCACACUCCGGCUGCUGGCACGCCUCCUUCUCGACCACCUCCGGCUGCUGACCCCCAGCACCAACCUCCUGCUUCGGGCUGAUCGCAUCGAGGGCAUCCUCGCCCACUUCCUGCCGCAUGGUCAACUGCUCUUUCUCAACGACCAGUUUGUCCAGGGUCUGGAGAAGGAAUUCAGUGCUGCGUGGCCCCGCUGAUCCCUCACUGGGAUGGGACUGCCCGAGAGGGCAAGGAGGGAGGACAGGGAUGGGUGGACACACAGCCAGGUGAAGCUUGGCAUUGGCCUCCUUCACAGCCUGCCCCCAGCUCUGGCGUGGUACCACACACAGGAUAAGUGGACAGCACACACUGUCCAUAGCAGUGGACUGAAGAGGGGGCUGGCCAAAGGACGGUAGGGAGGAAUCCCAGAACAUCCUGUGCCUGGUGUUGCCAUGUAACUUAUUCAUACUGCUGCAGUGGGCUAGCCCUACCUGUCCUUGACCCCAGUUUCUCCCAUCUCUGGCAGCCAGCCCCCCAAACAGUCCACCAGUUGCUAGUGUUAGAGCAUAAAGAACAGAACUCAGUCCACUUUCUCAUUCUAAACCCACAGUCAGUCAUUGCAACCCAAAGGGAAUCUGAGACUCCCAGGGUCGGGGAGCUGGCUGCUGCCUUUGCACCCACUUAGGCAACAUUAUCAGUAAGGAUUUUGGGGGCACCUGGGUGGCUCAGUCAUUAAGCGUCUGCCUUCAGCCCAGGUCAUGAUCCUGGGGUGGAGCCCCACAUCCCGUUUCCUGCUCAGCACGAAGCCUGCUCUCCCUCUCCCACUACCCCUUGCUUGUGUUCCCUCUCUUGCUGUCAUGCUCUGUCAAAUUAAUAAAAUCUUUUUUAAAAAAAUAA